AUGCCUCUGAUCGCACAGAACCCCCAGCCCAGAGUUAUUCUCGGGUUGAUGACCUUUGGCCCAACCGAGGCCAAGGGUGCCCGGAUCACCUCACUGGAUGAGUUCAACAAAUGCCUUGAUUACUUCCAGCAGCAAGGGUUCAACGAAGUUGAUACUGCCCGUAUUUACAUCGACGGGGAACAGGAGGCAUUCACAGCCAAGGCGAACUGGAAGUCGCGUGGGCUGACUCUGGCCACAAAAUGGUACCCAAACCAGCCCGGCUUUCACAAGCCGGAGGUCGUCCGUGAGAAAUUGGAGCUUUCCCUGAAGGAGUUGCAGACCGACACAGUCGAUAUCUUCUAUCUGCACGCAGCAGAUCGCGCCACUCCAUUCGCUGAAACUCUCGAGGCUGUUAACCAGCUGCACAAGGAGGGCAAGUUCGUACAGCUCGGUCUGAGCAACUUUACAGCCUUUGAAGUGGCUGAGAUUUGCAUCCUCUGUGCUGAGAGGGGAUGGGUCCGCCCCACCAUUUACCAGGCCAUGUAUAAUGCGAUUACACGCAACAUCGAGACUGAACUCGUUCCCGCCUGCCACCGAGAUGCCACCUUCGAAGCUCUGAGUAUCAUUGAGCCUGUCGUAGAGAAACAUGGUCUCACACUUCUAGAGACGGCUCUACGCUGGGUCCGCCAUCACUCUGCUCUGAGAAUGGAGAAUGGCGGUCGUGACGGAGUUUUGGUGGGAGUUAGUAGCUUCGCACAGCUUGAGACUAACCUUGCCGAUCUCCAGAAGGGACCGCUCCCAGAAGAGGUUGUGCAGGCUUUGGACCAGGCUUGGCUGGUCGCCAAGUCCAACUCUCCCAAUUACUGGCACCUUGAUCUGAAGUAUACUUAUGAUACUCAGAAGGCGGUGUUUGGGCCUAAGGAAUAA